UCGAACGGAACUUCUGUCGCGAACCGCGGAAGAAAUUCUUAGUUUUAGCUAGUAGAUAGUAAGGACUUGAGGUGACGUUCAAGAACAAUACGACGCCGUAAGCGGAUCGGGCUGAGUGGGCUGCAGUGUGCCUGGUGAUGAAGUGAGAGAAGUAAUUAGAAAGAUUUUGGGUGGAUAUUCGGUUGCUGGAGCGUUCGGAAUAGCCGGUGAAGAACUUGUGAGUGCGUUAAUUUAGGACAUUAAACUCAAGAAAGGAUAACCGUGACCAUGUCGUACAUCGGGAACGCAUCGGACGUUGAGCAGGAGAAGAACCUGACCGAGUAUCGACGGCAGCGAAGUUCCAGCAAUCUGCUUCCGGCCGGUUCAAAAUCUGCCGGUAGUCCUAAGCUAUCGGACGUUCUGUGGAAUGACAAACGGGCCAACCAGGGCAACCAAACCGACGAUGACGACUCCGAGGUGUCGGAUAGCGAGAACUUUCUGGCCAAGGGAGCCUUCCUACUGACGCCCUCGCACGAGCUCUCGAUGGAUCGAGCGGCCCUGAUCUGCGAGAAGAUGAACUUCAAAGGUUGCUUUAGUCUUACGAAAACGGCCACUGGAAUACUGUUCAAAUUUUCUAAUCCAGAAGACUACCAGGCCGUGUUCAAGAAGGGCUUCCACAAGGUGACCGGCGCGCGGUUCUACAAAAAGGUGGCCAUUCCAUGCCGGCCGCAGAAAACGUUCAUGUUGUACGUGUUUGACGUGCCGGACGAUGUGCCCGUCGAUGACAUACGGCACUCGUUGUACCGCUUCAACUCGGUCGUCGAGGUGGUCCGCCUAGUGGUGCAGUACCAGAAGCAAUCGGGUUCCCAGGACCCGGAGCAGAUGCAAGCAGGCACCGCUCCUCCAAAGCCUCAGAUGCCCAAACUAUCCACCGCGAAACCAAUCGACGAACAGGACGUGGCCCUGCAGCGGGAAUCUCCGCCGCCACCGAUCCGUAUCACCCUGGCCUCCAUCGACGAGUAUCACCAUCUCCUGCAGAACGGGCUCGACUUUUACGGUGCCACCUUCUUCCCGACGGAGUCGACCCUUCCAGCACAUGCCGCCAAGAUUGCCACCAAGAAAGGAAGUCGCAUGAUCGACGGCAGCAUACCAGGGCGUGUUCGGGAACUGCUCCCAGUGUUCGACGCUGCCGGUUUUAGCAAGAUUCCGCCGCCCGCUUCCAAGACGAUCAAACCGCGCCCGUAAAACUGUUCAAAAUCGAGGAAGGAACGAAGGUCGAACAAAGACGGAUUCUCUACAAAGUGUCUCAAACCACACGAGAGCCAUAUUUUUCUUCUAUCUAUCAGACAUACUUGUUUCGCAUUAGGAAAUGACUCUAUUGUUAAAACGCUCGAUUAAACACUGGCCAGACUGAGCAGUUCUAACAUGUUAUAAGUCUAUUCUUGUCGAUAAUUAUUAUAACAUGUUGUAACUCUGUAGUCUGAACAAGACAUUAGCUUCCUCCAGACGAACGAAUCACACGGAGGACGGCGACGACCAAGAAUAGAACGCAAAUAAUCAUAAUAAUCAUAAUUUUUUUCUCUGCGUUUCGGCUUCUGCGUAACUAGUAAUUUUUACAUUUAUCGAUCACAUAGACAACUACUUUGAUAUUUUAUAGAAUGACACAAACAGUUUUCGUUUCACUUAAUCAUAAAUCAAUCAUGUAUUCGUAUUACUUUAAGCAAUCAACAGUUCCUCUUCUUUUUUAUGCGUGAAUGAUUAUUAAAAUGUUUAAAUGCUUUAUUACCCUUGUUGUAGCGAGUUUUGUAAGGAUAGUUGAAGAUUUAUGUAAUAGUUCGUAAGGCGGAACCGGAAUCACCAAAUGGUUUUAUGUUAGUGAGUUGACCUAGGCUUUCCUAAAAUAAGUUAAACAUUGUAACACCUGAUGAUGACCAAUGCUGAUGAUAAUGAGUACAUAAGAUUAAUAAUGCUGAUGCUGAUGACGAUCCUAUCUACUGAUGACGAUGAUGAUGGUAAAAGAAAUAAAUGUUCCAAACAACAUCCAU